CUCUCUCCCUUAAAUAUAAAAUCCCCCGUCUUCUUCCCUAAUUUCUCGCUUCAAAUUUUCAAAAACCCUAGAUUCGAAUUCUCAAGGAUCUAGAACUGUAUAACAAAGAUGUCGCCUGCCGAUUUGACCCGGGAAGAGAAUGUGUACAUGGCCAAAUUGGCGGAGCAAGCUGAACGUUACGAGGAAAUGGUGGAGUUCAUGGAAAACGUAGCGAAGACUGUGGACACAGAGGAGCUCACGGUCGAAGAGAGGAACCUAUUGUCUGUUGCUUACAAAAAUGUGAUUGGUGCGAGGAGGGCUUCGUGGAGGAUCAUCUCUUCCAUUGAACAGAAAGAAGAAAGCAGGGGGAAUGAGGACCAUGUUUCGACAAUCAAGGAAUACAGAGGCAAGAUCGAAGCUGAACUCAGCAAGAUAUGUGAUGGCAUUUUGAACCUUCUUGAGACUCACCUCAUUCCUUGUGCAUCAUCUGCGGAGUCAAAGGUCUUCUACCUCAAAAUGAAGGGUGAUUACCACAGGUACCUCGCCGAGUUUAAGACUGGUACCGAGAGGAAGGAAGCCGCUGAGAACACUCUGUUGGCCUACAAGUCCGCACAGGAUAUUGCUCUUGCAGAACUGGCUCCCACUCACCCAAUCAGAUUGGGGCUAGCGCUUAACUUCUCUGUCUUCUACUAUGAAAUUCUCAACUCACCUGAUCGUGCUUGCAAUCUGGCUAAGCAGGCUUUCGACGAGGCAAUCUCUGAGUUGGACACGUUGGGAGAGGAAUCAUACAAGGACAGUACAUUGAUCAUGCAACUCCUCCGGGACAACCUCACCCUAUGGACUUCUGACAUCAAUGACGAGGCUGGCGACGAGAUCAAGGAUGCCUCAAAGCAGGAGUCAGAAGAGGGGCAGGAGGCUCAGACAGCAGCCCCACCGGCACAUUGAUGUGGAUUUGUAGAAGCAGUUUCGAUUUCUCUAUGGGAAACUCGUUUUCUUGAUGGUGGAGCUUGCUUGUGAUUUUAUGAGUCACGAAAGAAAAAGAAUGUUGCAGUCAAUGGAUUUAUGUGCUUCUAAAAUUGCCCCGACUACAUAAUUUUCAUGUGCAUUUUUUUUUUUGCUCUCAUGUUAUGUGUUUUGUUUUGGUUGGUUUGUUUCUAAGUUCAUGUUCUUCCUGUUUCUUUUGUGUGUGUGUAUUUUUCUUUCAUGUCAAUGUGGGUUUUGUUGCAUUCAAGUGUGUUCUUUAUUUUCAGUGAUUGUCAUUUCAUUUGUUGAAUAAACUUGGGUUGAAUGA